AUAGUUCUCUGUAUUUUUUCUCGUCCUCUCACGACUUGUCACGACAUUUCACGACAUAUUGACUACGACUACUUGCUCGCGCAGUGAUGACUUUGCUUUCUUGUCUCUUGCUUUGUAUGGAUCUUAUAAUGAUCAGGUCUGCGAGAAUUAAUUCUCGUCUAAACAAUGUACGACUCCUUUGGGCCUCGGUAUUAACGCCAAUACGAAACUCUGAUCCCAUCAGCUUCUGUGUCUGUGGGCGCUUAUUUCAUUCUUUUCACUACCAUGACACCGCAGCCCCUCGCAGAUAUCCUCAAAUCCUUUCCGCCUCUACCACCAUUAGAUCCUGGUCACCCAACGGAAUGGCUUCGCAUGGUUGCGUUCAUAGCAUGGUGCCGCGAGGUUCCCAACCGACAAUGGGCAGAUAUCGUAAUCUAUUUCAUUCCCAACGACACAUCCACGAAAGGGAUCCUUUCUCUCAUCCCCACACCUUUGGUGGACUGGGAAAAAUUCGAACCUGCAGCUACUCGUAUGUUGUGUAGGUCGUUCUCCGUUUUGUUCUUCAAUUCGUUUUUUAAUACGACUCAAGCGACUGUGUGUGCUGACGUGGGAAAUGCCACUUUCUUCACUGUCAUCAAUGGUGUCUGGGCUAUACCUCAGAUUGCUUUACGAACAAUCGCUUCUGUAAGGACAGCAUUUGUCUCACGCACUUUUCCUUUGUCGUGGAGGGUUGUGCGCUCGACAUGGCAAGGUGCCGGAGACGUACAGGUCGACCAAGAAGCUAUGGUAUUGAGGUCUUCAGACGGGGUCCAUUUACUCUUGGGACCUGUCACCACGACCGAAUAUCCCAGUACGACCGACUUGUUUGCUGAGGGCUUUACGAUCGUUGCAAGGCCUGGCUCGGGUCCACCUCUGGUGGAGGAAACGUGCUCUCAAAAGAGGUAUUUAGCUUUUCCAAUAGUGGACUCUUCCAAGGUGUCUUCCAAACUUUAAAAACGAUUGGAUACACAUUAGAAAACGUACAAACGAUGUGAAGAGUUGCCGCG